AUGGAGAGUGGGGACGAAAUAUUCUUGACUCACAACAAAUUUAAACCUGAAAGCAAUGGAUCAGAUUAUGAUACCGAUAAUCUCGUAAGUGAUAUUCUAGGGAUGGAGAAGGAAAAUGAUAGUACUGCUGUGAACUUUGAUUUAAACUUUGAGAACCCAUCAAAAAAUAUCAAUGAUGCAGACCCGCUUUCAGAGACUGACAUGAACAAUCUUAUCAAAAGUGCCGUUCCUCAGAAUACAGAGAGGAAAUCCAGAUGGGCUGUAAAUAUUUUCACAGAAUGGGCGAAAACAAGAAAUAUUGAGGAACCUAUUUUGUCUAUGGACAAUAUGACCCUAAAUCAAUUCCUAUGUGGCUUCAUCACGGAAGUUAGAAACAAAGCAGGGGAACAUUACCGCCCAAACACUCUCUAUGAGAUUAUAACAUCAGUUCAACACUAUCUACGUCAAAAUGGCAAAUUUGUCAGUUUUCUCGAUGAUAAUGGAUUCCGUAAAAUGAGACAAGUCCUCGAUGCACGGAUGAAGGAAGUGGCUAAAACAGGCUUAGGGAGUUCCCGCAGGAAAGCCGAAAUCAUUAGUGUCGACCAAGAGAAUAUGUGA